CAUCACCAGGUGACUGACAGACAGUUUCUGGCCAGUGAAGCCUGGAGCACGAGUGGUGAUCUUCUCCAAAACCCUGCCACUUCUAAAGUGGCAAGCGGUGUACUCGGUGUGGCCAUUCGGAGUUCGGCCAUGCCUGGGUUCGAAAAUUAUCUCAAGAGACUGAAUCCAUCUCGUCAUCCUGAUGAUAAGUUCUUGAUAGAAUUUUGGGAAAAAAUGUUUGGCUGUAGCCCUGCAGCCGCACCUUUUCCUUCCAAUGCCACUUCACCACCUCGUGCAGACGGUUUGCUUCAAAAGGCUUCUCUACCGCUCUGCAGCGGCACCGAGUCCCUGGAGGCAGUGCAGAAUCUCUUCACUGACACCUCUCAGCUGAGGGUGACAUACAAUGUCUACCUUGCUGCUUACGCUGCAGCCCACGCCCUCCACAGCCUGCUCUCAUGCCCAAACGGCAACAGCCCUCCAGGAAAAAACAGCUCCACCUGCUCCUUUCCAAAACAUAUCAAACCCAUACAGGUCCUGGAGCACCUGAGCAAAGUGAACUUCACCACACCGCAGGGUGAAACGUUUUAUUUCCAAGGCGCUGAUGUUCCAGCAAAAUAUGACCUGGUGAACUGGCAGAGUACCCCAGAAGGGCAACUCAAACUUGUUGUGAUUGGUCGUGUGGAUGGAUUUGACCUCCGCCUUAAUGAGUCAGCAAUUCAUUGGAGCACGGGAGCCAAUCAGGAGGUGCCUGUUUCAGUGUGCAGUGAGAGCUGCCCCCCAGGGACCCGCAUGGCAACCAGGAAAGGGGAACCUGCCUGCUGCUUCGACUGUAUCCCGUGUGCUGACGGGGAGAUUAGCAAUAUAACUGGUUCUCCCCACUGUGAGCCCUGUCCGUCUGACUACUGGUCCAAUGAAAAACGAACCGCCUGUAUCCCUCGCCAGUUGGACUUCCUGUCCUUUGAUGAAACCUUGGGCAUUACCCUGACAACAGUCGCUGUAUCUGGUGCCACGGUGACAACGGCUGUGUUUGCUGUGUUCAUUUAUUUCCGUCAAACACCUAUGGUGCGAGCGAACAACUCAGAACUCAGCUUUCUGCUUCUGCUGUCGCUGAAGCUCUGCUUCCUGUGCGCACUGUUGUUCAUCGGCCGUCCGUCGGUCUGGUCGUGUCGGUUCCAGCAGGCAGCUUUUGGGAUCAGCUUUGUGCUGUGUGUUUCCUGCCUCCAAGUCAAAACCAUAGUGGUUCUCGCAGCGUUUCGCUCAGCUCGGCCUGGUGCUAAAGCCUUGAUGAAGUGGUUUGGUCCAGCCCAACAGAGAGGCAGCGUCUGCCUCUUCACCUGCAUACAGGUUAUCAUCUGUGUUAUUUGGCUAUCGCUCAGCCCCCCAGUGCCUCAACCUGACUUCGAUAAACCGGGGUUAAAGGUCACCCUGAAGUGUGCCAUGGCCUCUGUGGUGGGCUUUUCUCUGGUUCUGGGCUACAUUGGCCUGCUGGCCUGCACCUGCCUCCUCUUGGCCUUUCUCGCUCGGAAACUCCCUGACAACUUCAACGAGGCCAAACUGAUCACCUUCAGCAUGCUGAUCUUCUGUGCGGUCUGGGUGGCGUUUGUGCCUGCUUAUGUUAGUUCUCCUGGAAAAUAUGCAGUUGCUGUGGAGAUCUUUGCAAUCAUUGCUUCAAGCUACGGUUUGCUGUUGUGUAUCUUUGCUCCAAAGUGUUUCAUCAUUCUUUUGAGGCCUGAGAAAAACACAAAGAAAAACCUGAUGGCCAAGUAGAAGAGAAAAC